GUAAAUGACCUCCUCCGACUGUACACUCAGACCUUCUAAUAGGUUAUGAGCCCGGACUAGCGCUCUAUACUACUAUUACGAUUAAUCUUCGCCACUACUAUUAUCGACUAGUACUAUCGCCUAGUACUAUUGAGAACCUAGAACGAUUAGGGCUCUUAACGAUACCAUUACCUAUUAGGUAUAGUAUCGAAAGACUUCCGAAGCCUCUAUAUAUAUCGACUAUAUAGGCCUGUACGAGAAUAAACCGAUCGAUAAACGAACCUCGAUGGCUAUUAUUACGAAGAUUAACCCUCUUCAGGGUGCUCACGAUUGGAAUAUUUGGAGAAUUCGAAUACUAGCGCUCCUGUCUAAGGACGAACUAGGCUAUACAGUUAAGCCUAGGAAAGAAUUUCCUAAAGGAACACCUAAGGACAAUAUCGAGGAAUAUAAUAAGAAAAGCGCUUAUUCAAACCGCUACUAUCUCCGAUAA